UGAACAAUCGAGUAACAUGUUUGUUGGCGUAGAGCUGUCCUUCUUUGCCCCUGCUGCUGCUGUGAAGCAUGUUUGCGGUUUGAAGGGGAGGACCGCGGCUCUGCUCCGGAGGUCGAACAGUCCUGGUUGUGUUGGAAAGAGGAGGAGAUCAUGAGUUCCUCAAGGCUUCUUGGAAAAGAAGUGCCCUUUGGACCAGCGGCUGAUAAAAGCCCAAACGACAGAGUAAUGAUGAAGAGGUGGGAUUUGAAAGAAGUUCUCCGUUAGACUUAAAACAUUUUAUGUAGGUUUUACCCGCAGAGCACAGCCAUGACGGGAAAAUCUUGGAUUGAGGAGAGCUUCUUCAGAAGGGAGUGUGUGAAGUUCAUCCCUUCCUCUUGGGACCAACACAGAUGCAUUCCAAUAUGCCAAGUGUGCCAAAGCCUGAUCAGAUGUUGCUGUGGCCGCUUGAUGGGGGAGCACUCUUGGCAGGAGUCUUGUCCUCCCAUUUCCCUCUGUCCCAGUCCAGAACAGGGCAUGGAGGAGUGGUCCAUGGAGGCUCACACAAAGGCCAGUUCUACCAACGCCUAUGGGAUCAUAGAUUUUCAAGACACUGCCACGCGGGUCUGUCGCGCCAAGUAUGUUCGUGUGGCUGUGGACUCCAAGCCAGAGGCGCUGCUCCAGCUGAUGCUGAGGGAAUGGCAGAUGGAGCGACCGAAACUACUGCUGACGGUCCACGGAGGGUCAGAAAAUUUUAUUCUGCCCCCAAAGGUGAACCAGGCCUUCAGUAAGGGGCUCAUCACGGCUGCCAUAAGCACAGGGGCGUGGAUUUUCACUGAUGGGAUCAAUACAGGUGUGUCUAAGUAUGUGGGUGAGGCAGUGAAGUUAUUUGGAGGCCACGACUUGAGGAAGAGAAACACGAUUGGCAUCACAUCGUGGGGAAUGAUCGACAACAACUUGGACCUCAUCGGCAGAGACGUAUUCAGACCCUACCAGCCACUGGGCAACCCUUUAAGCAAGAGGAUCUGCCUUAAUGGUUUCCACUCCCACUUUCUGUUGGUGGAUGACGGGACGCUGGGGAAACCUGGUUGUCAGCAGGGCCUCAGGAGAAAACUGGAGAAACAAAUCCAGCUACUGAAGAUUCAUCCUCGACUGAACCAGGGAGUGCCUGUGCUGUGUGUGGUGGUGGAAGGAAGCGCCGCCAUUGUAUCAACAGUUCUGGAUUAUGUUAGCAGUGCGCCCCCUGUGCCAGUGUUUGUGUUUGAGGGGUCGGGCAAGGCUGCAGACCUCUUCGCCUUCUUACACAAGCAGACUGCUAAUGAUAGGCAGCUGGAUGCUGAUAUUGAGGAGGACUUUCUGGGUAGGAUUGGAGAUGUGUUCGGAGUUGAGAGGACCGAAGCUGCUCACCUUUACACUCUACUCCAGCAGUGCAUGGAUCACAGAGAGUCGAUCACCAUCUUUGACUCUGAGGCUGACGAGCAGAUGGCAACUGAUGCAGCCAUUUUGACUGCCGUUCUUAAGGGAACGAAAGCCAGUCCGUCAGAGCAGCUGAGUAUGGCUCUGGCUUGGGACCGGGCUGACAUCGCACAGAAAGACAUCUUGGUGUAUGGUCAGCACUGGCAGGUGGGUUCCUUGGAACAAGCCAUGCUGGAUUCUCUGGUGAUGGACCGUGUGAGUUUUGUGAAACUCUUGAUUGACAACGGCAUGACGAUGAGCCGCUUCCUCACCGUGGAUCGCCUCGAGGAGCUCUACAACUCGCCACAGGGUCAGACUCAGCGCUUCUUGCAGCACCUGGUUGAAGAUGCAAAACAAACCUCUCUUCCUACAGGUUACCGUCUGUCUCUCAUCGACAUGGGGCUGGCGACUGAAUACCUCAUUGGAGGCGCUUAUCGAAGCACCUACACUCGAAAAAACUUCAGAGCUGCUUACAGCUGCAUUCAGUCCAAGGACAGUAGACGUUUCAGCUCUGGUUCCUUUACUAACCAAAAGCGAGGAAUGAACUUAAAGAAAAGCAGAAGUCUCCAAGACCUUCACUUCAGAACUGCCCAACCCUAUAAAAGCAAAGAACAAACUGAGUCGACGGGGAGCAGCCAUCAGGUGGUGUUGACCCAUGGCCUCGGUGGCACCACUCUACUGCCGUGUCCUUUCAACUCCAACGACCUGUUCGUGUGGGCCGUCCUCCAGCAGCGCCAGCAGAUGGCGCUGUUCUUGUGGCAGCACGGGGAGGAAGCGUUGGCGAGAGCCAUCGUGGGCUGUAAGCUUUACCGCUCGAUGGCCUUCGAGGUGCGGCAGAGCAACAUGGACGACAACGUUGCAGAGCGAUUCCAGUCAUAUUCACUGGAGUUUGGGCAGCUGGCUGUGGAUGUGUUAGAUUGUGCUUUUCAGCAGAACGAGCAAAUGGCCAUGAAACUGUUAACCUCAGAGAUGGAGGCGUGGAGUCACUUCACCUGUCUGCAGCUGGCCGUCUCCUCGUGUCAUAGACCAUUUGUGUCGCACUCCUGCACCCAGACUCUGCUCACGGAUCUCUGGACCGGCCCGCUCAACAUGAGAAAAAACUCCUUUAUGAAGAUCAUUUUGAGCCUCCUCCUGCCGCCUGCCAUCUUGCUUCUGGAGUUUAAAAGCAAGGCUGAAAUGUGCCACGUACCACAGAGCCACGAGGCAAUGCUGUUUGGGCUCGAGUCUGUGAAAUCGCUGCCUAUCCCUGAGGGAUCCGUUCAGAUGGACAGUCGGGAUGCAGAGCGAGGCCUCCCCUUCCGCAAUAAGUCCACCCUGUCCUCUGUGUUUAAACAGUGUCUGUCGUGGAUCACAAGACUCUAUGAUUUUUACACUGCUCCUGUUGUUAAGUUCUGGUUUCACACAAUGUCCUACUUGAUUUUUCUGAUGCUCUUCUCCUUCGUCGUCCUGGUCAAGAUGGAGGACCAGCCAAGUGUCCAGGAGUGGUUGGUUAUUCUUUACAUCGUCUCCUCUGCUGUUGAGAAAACCAGAGAGGUUUUGAUGUCUGAGCCUAGAAAGCUGAGGCAGAAGCUGAAGGUUUGGUUCUCGGAGUACUGGAACAAAUCCGACUUUGUUGCCAUCCUCCUGUUCCUGGUUGGGCUUUCGAUGCGUUGCCAUGCCGACCCCUUCCGGACUGCAGGACGUGUUGCUUACUGUCUGGACAUCAUCUUCUGGUUCAUCAGAGUUUUGGAUCUUCUGGCUGUCAAUCAGCAUGCUGGUCCUUACCUCACCAUGAUCACCAAGAUGACCAGUAACAUGUUCUUCAUUGUGGUGAUGAUGGCCAUUGUGCUGCUGAGCUUCGGUGUGUCCAGACAGGCCAUCUUGUCACCAGAUCACGAGCCAUCAUGGAGUCUAGCUCGAGAUAUUGUCUUCCAGCCAUACUGGAUGAUCUUUGGGGAAGUGUAUGCUGGAGAACUUGAAUCAUGUGGUGAUGAUCCCUGUCCUCCUGCAUUUUUUCUGUCACCGCUCCUCCAGGCUGUCUACAUGUUUGUCCAGUACAUCAUCAUGGUCAACAUCCUCAUUGCAUUUUUCAACAACAUCUAUUUUGAAAUGGCUUCAAUAUCCAACAAACUGUGGAAGUACAACCGCUAUCGCUACAUAAGGACCUAUCAGGAGAGGCCGUGGCUGCCCCCGCCGCUCAUCCUGCUCAGUCACGUGGCUCUUGCUGUCAGAAGCAUCUACAGGAGAUUUAGUGGAGAUGCUGAGCAGGAAGAGAGGCGCUCUGGGCUCAAACUCUAUCUGGGCCUGGAGGAUAGAAAGAGGCUGUAUGAGUUUGAGGAGAAAUGUGUUGAACUCUACCUUCACAAGAAGAACGAAGAUCUCCACAGCACUUCCAUAAACAGAAUCAGAGCCACAGCCGAGAGAGCUGAUGAGAUGUGUGGGAUGGUGGGGGAGGUCUCAGAGAAGGUCAUCCUCAUUCAGGACAGCCUGUCGGAGCUGGAUGGUCAGCUCGGUCAGCUUCAGGACCUCUCUGUGCUGGCUGUGGACACCCUCACUCUGCUCUCUGCCUCCGACAGCCUUCAGCAGGAAGAGGCCCGCCUGGCUCAGUGUCGCCACGUUUUACCGGCAUCCCGUCACGUCCUCCCUCACAGCUGGACCCUCCCUCACAGGGGAGCGGAGGACUGUGAUGUUUCUAAUGUGCGCCGCCUGGAGAUUAAAGCCUGCAAAAGCACGCCGCCCUCGUUGCUGAAGGGGUCUGCUGUUGAGGGAAGUCGACGAGCGUCGCAGGACUGCCACGCCGGAGUGAGAGAAAACAGAGCAGGAAAAAAGGGACUGCCUGAGGCAGGAGAGGAAACGGCUAAAGAGGACUCUAGGUCUGUGCCUCUUGAAGAUCCCAGUGAGAACUGGUUCAGAGGCCCUGGACGUGGGUCACAUGUUUCCUCCUCUCAGUGUAACCUCGGCGACGGAAGGACUAAGACGCCCUCCGAAACCCCUGAGUCGUCCCGUUGCGGGUCUCCCAUUUCACCCAAAUCGUUCGGGACGGCGCAUAGCAAAGCUUGGACGCAUGACCCUCAUUUGUAUCCCAGUCAGGAGGAAGCUUCAGUUAAAGAAGGGGAAGAGGAUGCUGAAAGGGAAGAGAAAGAAGAAGAAGAUGUAACCAACCUGGAGGAUGAAAGUCAGCCGAGUUUUCCAUCCAGGCAUUCCAGCCACUGGAGAAAACCCCCAUUGCCCACCAGGUGGGCAUGUUUGCCCAGAGAGCGUCCAUAUGGGUACUGCAGGUCUCUUUCAUCCAGCAUGGAGAACAUCGCUUUUUCUGGUGCACCUCUCAGCCCGACGAAGGGAUCUUUCCCAUCUCUUGACGAAACGACGGACAAGGAGGACAUGUCUGACGGAAGAGGCCUGAGGAAUGAUGCGUCUUUACGCUGCAGCAAGAGCCAAGAAUGGGGAAAAUCCUCAGAUUUCUCUCAAGACUUGGACAGCAGAGACAAAAUCCACAACAGGAAGACAGUGAAGAUAAAGGCGAGCAUUCCAGAUCCAGAGACGCUGGAGUCCCACUUGUCCGACGCCUUGUGGAGGAAACGGCGGAGAUUUUGAUCCCACUGAUUUGAUGCAGAAGCAGGUGAUUUCCCAUCAGGAGUUGUGGAGUUCGACUCAUUCAACUCGAAGCAGCUGGGCCAAAUCAAUGAG